UGUAGUGCUUAGUUGUCCACUCUACUACUUGCUUGUUGCCACAAAACCACAUUGUGCGCGUGCACACUCACACACACAACACGCUUGGCAGUUUGGACAAUGCUGACGCGAGGGUGGUCGUGGUCGUCACGACAAUCCACCCAAUCCGCCGCUUGUCACUCCGAGCUGUUGACUGCUGUGCUUCACGCGCGACGCAAUGCAUCUCAGCCAGCUGACUGUCGGUGGAUGUCGACUGCGGCGAUCAAGCCAUCCUCCUCGUCGUCGCGCAGGGCUGCGGCUGUGGAUUCAGCUCCUGUCUUUGACGACCUGGGCGCAGUCCCGACCCGAUCACCGCGCCAGGCUACACAACCAAGCAAGUCUCCCACGAUGAGCACGUCGGAUCGUCGCGAAGGUGGAUCACCACCGCGGAACACGCAUCGCCAAGACGCGCGGGAAUCUCCUCGCGCCACCAACGCUCACCAUGUGCCGCCGCUGCCACCUGCGUUCUCCAGUUCAAGUCAUCCACGCAGGCAGACGGUGACACCGACGCGCGAGACUUUCAAGGAAUUGCCAAAGCACGUGGCGCAGGCGACACUGGCCAAGUAUGCAGCUCACAGUUCCACCAGCGACAACGACGCCCGCAACAACUGGCCACCGACAAGCUUCCCCACCUCCAUGGAUGGAGAAGAAGUUGCAGAAGACCUCAGUCAACAUUCCUCUCCGACAGACGUGGCAACUACUGCUUCGCCAAGUGCUCGCAUCUCGGAGAGGUUGGCCAAACUCGCCAAACAGCCGCCAUCGUCACGACUGCGUGAAGAGUAUGACAAUCUGAUUGCCGAGGCGGCAGACCAUGCGCUCCCAAACCUUGCCUUCCGAAUCCUCAACGCGAUGAAAAAGCAACAGAUGCCGCCAAGCGAGUAUGCCUACUCGAUGGCCAUUUCGGCGCUUGGUGCGAGCAACUCACCAGACAUGCUCGCACGAUCGUUGGCGCUUCAUGGCGAAGCCCUGCAGCGGAAGCGGUACGAUCGUCUUGUGCUUCGUGCAGCCAUUUUGGUCUGUGGCAAGGCAAACCAGCCGCAAAUUGCUGCACAACUGCUCAAAGAAGCCGUCUUGCAUGACGCCUCCAUUGCGGCCUCCGAAGUCAUCGAGGUCGUAGCGUUGUCUGCCCGCUCUGGGGAGUUUGAACUUGCCCACAGCGUGCUGCAGUCAUUUGCAAAGCCACAUUACGCGCCGCAUCUUUACGUGCUUUUGCGCGUGUUUUCCUCCAACGCCCAAGUGUGGCUGGCUCAACAGAUCGAUGAGAUGCGCCUCGAGGACUUGUACACGCGACCAGCAGAUGCUCUGUUUGCCAAGUUAAUAUUAGCCCUCGAACAGCAUCGACUCGUGCUCGAAGCGUUGGCACGCAUUGCCGACACUUGCCUACCGCUCAUUCGGUCGCUGUCUCUGCGCGUGCAGCUCGUCAUGCUCGCCUCUUACAUUCACACACAGUUGCCGAUGGCCUUCAUUCAUCGCUGGAUCUUGCAUGUCACGGAGGCCAAGCUGAAUGGCGCGCCACCGUCGUCGCUCCCGGCGGCAGACAAGCUCCCAGACGUGCUUCGCAUGCCUGUCAUUGCUGCAAGCGCUUUUCCCGAGUCCCCUCUUCCACCCAUCGAGCCGCUGCUUCCUGCGCAAACUGACGGCCUUAUUGCUGCGCUGGACGGAGAGCGGUCUCGUCAACUCAAGGACAAACUCGACCGCGACGCGCUUCGUGCAGUGUCUGGGCAUUGGACGGCGGCCAACAUUUACUUCUCGGCCAACUACCCCAAGCUCAAGCGACUCGGAAUCGCCCCGUUUGGGACCAUUUCUGCCGACCGACAAAGUCAGCUGCGUGCUGUCAAGCCCACAACUGCCGGCGCAAUCGCCGUUGUGCUCGAGAGCCAUCGCCGCAAGGUGCUGGCCCUGGCCCACCAAAUCACCAAGGACCACUUUGCUGUCUUUGACCCGAAGAGUACGGUCGAUGAAGCCGCCGAACUAGAGUUUGAUCCGAAUGCGUCUCGCGAAAUCCUGGAUGUCAGCACGAUGAGCUGUUUGAUUCAGGCUUGCGGCGCGCUCGGUGCGGUGGACGCGGCCAUGAAGGCUUUCAUUUUUGGCGAGAAGCUCCUUCAACGUCGACAGCCCUCCAGCAUGGUUCGCAUUCACCCGAUCGAAGUGCAGCGUGUCGUACUGCGUGGCGCCAUUGCGCGAGUCCUGGCAGACAACCACCGCUAUGCCCUCGUGCGACCCAUUUUCCUGACUUGGAUGUCUGAGUUUGAUCCGAGUGCACGCCUUCCGUCCUACGCUGGCCCUCGCCUCGACUCUGCCUCGACCAGCACAUCAGGCCUUCGGGCUCCGGUCCGCGCUGCCAUCCGGUUUGCCUCCGACCUGGCGCAGGCACACAGCAAUUUUGUCGCCAGCGCACCAGGAGUGCUGGUCGCGGCAGCCAUUGAAGCCGCCGCUGCGACCAACGACUACUCGCUGGCUGGGCGUGCACUUCACCAGAUGAUUGUCCGUGAUUUGCGAGUCCAUCUGCAACCCGAUGUUCAAACCGCCUUGUUUGUGCUCUUUUCAAAGUUUUUCGCCCUCAAGCCGCCAGGGCUCACCCGACCCAAGGUGACUGUGCAGCAAACCCUUGAAUUGAGGCGCCUGGAUGCCAAUGCCGCCCUCCUCGCGUUUCAGCAGCACGUGCCUGCCGACAGCGGUCCGAUCACCGACCUCGCAGCACUGCCUCCUGCCAAGUUUGCCGGCAUUUACUCGACCUUGAUGACGCUUCGGCUCUUGGCUGAAGUUCCUGCCUCUGCCGCCCGGUGAAUGCCCGCCCUCCCCCAACCACCAUCUCACCUGUCGUUUCGGCUCACGUUAACAAAUGAUACUGUACCAUAGGCAAACUGGUUGACAAUCUGAAUACACCUACAACACAAC